CUAUUGGUCAUAGAGCUAAGAGAAAGGCAAAGAAUCCCCAACGGCAGCUUUCGAUUUUUACCGGAAGUUUAGACUGUGAGUUACUCUAGAUUUCCUAUCUCUAAGGCCACGACGCAUCCAAACGCGUGAUGACGCAACCGUACUUCACCGCGCCAAGUGAUCCAGUCCCCUACCGGGGAAACGGCGACAGGGACGCGACCACUGUUUACGCUAACACGGCGCGACGAAACGCUAGGACAUUCCACAGCGGGCUCUUCUGCAGUACGUAAUAAGCGCGCGACACCUUCUCGUCUACCCUGGUUCACUGUAGCCGAGACGUCUCGAUAACUCAAACGCUUUUGUUGUGGGGUUACGUCACCGGUAAGCGACCGUCCAUCCCAUUAUCCUCAUUGAAGGGUUGCUCAUUUCGCCUAUAGGACUGGAAGGGUUAAGGUACGUCUGAUGUGCUAGGAAAUCCCAUUGCAAAAGGACUCGGGCAAAUUAAAAUCGUCAAUUGCCAUCCUCCUCCUUAUUGGCUCUGGAGCCUUCUUUCCUUGGAGGUUCGCCAGAAGCAGAGCCUGAGCUCCCUUAAUUGAAGUCGAGGUGCUAGAACCAAGUUUUAUUCAGCUUCUUUUAAGCCUGUUCAUGUACUGCAUUGCAGUCUUUUCUGAACCAUAGAGAUGGAUAAACGCGGAAAAUAGUAUGACCAAAGUAUCUUGUAUUCUCUAACUGAAUAACAGGAACAGUUGUAUCUGUUUUCUGGCAGGUAUUCGCCUUUGCCUGGACUUAACCAUCCAGGGUCCCUUACCUUUUACAUUUACUUUCUGGCAGUAUAUUGGACAUUCUGAAUAAUACAUUUUUAUUUUUGGUGGGACACCUACUCAUAAAAUGGAUUGUGGCAACAGCAAAUGGCACAGUGUCUACCCAUUUAGAGGACAUGCUGUUUCUCCUACUUGGAAAUUAGAAAUCUCGACUUCCGGGUUAGCGCCAUCGCCGAAUGGCGGACUCCCUCCGAGCUCCGGAGGGAGUCUGCUCGGCAGGGGCUGGGUCCUACCGCGCCGGCGACGCGGGGACCCUUAAAAACCACGGGCACGGAGUCCGUGGACAUGGGUGACUCGGCUUGCACCAUUAGCGCCCUCCCGACUCGUGAAGGAGCCUUUUAAAGGCUUCGGAUCGGGUGCCGGGGAGUGGCGUGGUGCUUGAGUCCACUGCUUUCCCUGCCGAGCGCAGCCGCAUGCCAUUCGACGGAGAGCGCUGACUUCUUCUAUUGAAAAUUUGGACUAUUAACAACAACCCGUGAGUAAUUGGGAAACCGGGUUCAAAAUUUUGGAUUUGGCACGAGCGGGGCGAUUUAAAAGGAAGUCAAUCCCCCUAUUGUAAGCAUUCCAAAACAAGGACUGGGUAACCAAGGUCCAAAGGGAAGUAUGUCUCUGAUAAAAAUCAUUAAUUUCACGAUGGGAAAUUAUAAGAAAUGUGCUGGAGGAGAAGAGUGGAGGGUGAGAAGAAAAAUGCAACCCCCCCCCCUGGGAACCGGGGCGAUUCGUGGAGCCUGGUGAAGAGAGACGGAGACUUUGACAGCUGUCAAAGUGGCUGUCAAAGCUGGAGAAUAUAAAGAGGACUUUGUUAUGAGGACCUUGCUGGUUAAUUUUGUUACAAUUUGCUAUAAUAUGGAUAUAAACUGUUGGAAAAUAAGCAACAAUUUGACUUUUGGAUUAGAGGAUACAAAGUUAUUACAAUCCCCUAGAGGGGUUUCGGGAUACUACAAGAACGGUCGUAAGUGGAAAAAUACCCUGGGAUUCGCACAGGAUUUGUUAUCUUCUGGGAAAGCUGCAAAACUGAAAGAGUAUUUUGUCUACAGAGGAAGACAAUGGAAUUUUUAUUGAAGAAAGAAAGGGACUGGACGUAAGUUUUUGUUCCUGAAUAACAAACCUCUGCAGAGACACUAGAUUUCUGAAUUAGAAAGUUUUAGCAGCUGAACAGGACAAGAAACCUGAGAAAGUGAGGAAUAAGAAGAAUAAAGGACUGAUUACGACACGGAAAGAACAACGGGAGGAGUGGUAAAGAUCAAGGAAAUUAAAGGCCUUUGUUAGAUUGGACAUUUGAAGUCAAAUAUUAUUUAAAUUAAUAAACUAAAGAAAACCGGCAAGAUGGAAGGGAGAAAUCUGGUCAUGAAAUGAGACUUCCAAGCUGAUAAUGUAUAGACUGAUGGACAUGGGGAAUUCAAACCGGGGAAGGGGGGGGGGGAGAUUUGAAAUCCAAAGGCUGUGUAACCAUUUUUUGAAUUUUUCUAUAUCUCUUAUUUUCUAUUUCUUUACAUAACUUACGCAUGUUAUUUUACUUUGAUCGGACGUGUUUUUAAAAAAAGGGAAUUUGUGGAAGGAACUGGGGUGGAUCUGGGGAAAAUCUUUUUUCUUUUUCUGUUAAUGAUGUGGGACGGUGGUAAGAUUUGUACAAUUCAAUCUGGAUAGUGGGUUAAACAAAUUAAGCUUUAAAUUGGGAGUGAGAGCUUGUAGAACCAAAUUAAGGAAAGGGGAAUACAAUUGGGGGAGGGGGAGUCCCAGAAAGUAGGGAAUGAAAGUAAGGUUUUUAAAUAUCUUCUUUCUUUUGUCUUUUUUCUUUGUAUUUUUAUAUUUUUGGAAACUUUAAUAAAUAUGAUUUAAAAAAAAAAAAAAAAAAAAAAGGAAAUUAGAAAUCUCAAUAUUUUAUGGGUUGAUGAAAUGAUUUUUUAAAGGAACUUUAGUAUGUAAGGAAAAUUUAAACUUCUGAAAAACUGAGUAUUUUUGGAGAUUGUUUAGGAAUAUAGAUUAUAGAACAUUUAAAUACAAAUUUGUGCAUCCACAGAGAGCUGUAAGAAAAUAUAUUUCACUGUUUGCUUUUUGAAAAAAAUUGCAGGUGGAUUAUGCUCCCAAGCCCAUAAUAGUGGCUGCCCCUUUGGUCAUCUCUUGUGAUACUAAUACCCUUGUCCUUGUUAAUCAGCAGUGUGGAGCCUGUGGCCCUUCAGAUGUUGCUGGACUGGAACUCCCAUCUUACGCAGCCAGAAUGACCAAUGGCCAGGGAAGAUGGGAAUUGUCAUCCAGCAACUUCUGGAGGAUCACAGGUUCCCCAUCCUUGUUGUAAAUGUACCUGUUUCCUGUCUCACAUGACAUAGGAAAUUGGGGUGUAAAGGGAAUGUAGCUUUUUGAGUACCACCAUUAGAUCUUCAGAUUGGGGAGGAGGAUGGUUAAUAUUGGUUAGUAUGUCAGUUUCUUUCUCUUUAAAUCUCCAGAACGCAAUCAUGGCUGGUGUGGGCUUUGAAGAAUUCUCUGUGCCCCCUGGAUCAGAGUUGGCACUGCCUCCACUUUUUGGUGGCAAUAUCCUCGAGAGUGAACUGGAGACAGAGGUGGAGUUUGCCGAUGGUGGAAUACCAGAAGAGGAGGAGGAAGAGGGGGCAUUGAGGCAGCAGGAAAUGACACGGCGCAAAUGCCAGGCUCUUGCUCGGCGCUGCAAGGAGUUAGAGCAGGUAAAGGAUUGGCUGAAGAGGGGGAAUCAUUUUAAUACACCAGUUGGAAAAAAUUAACAAACAGCUGGCACAGUGGGUUGAGCUCUGCUUUGACUUCAGGUAUGAGCUCAUGGAGCUGCCUUUUUAUUCAUUUAUGUAGCCCAGGACUGUCUGUUCUCAUUGUCAGGAGCUCUCAUUCUUUCCCAGCCAGGGACUGGACCUGGGACUUUCUGCUUGCCAAACAUGUGCUCUGCCAAAGUAUUUGGAAAUCAGUGACACCUUGGGUACAAAGAUCAUCCAACGAUCACAGGGUGAUUCACAACAUAAAAGCACAAAAUGAGAACACAAAAUGCAUAAUAAAAGAAAAACAAACCAAUAACCCCCUCCUACAAACACAUUUGAAAGGUCAUAGAAUGUUAAUCAGCCAAGUGCCUGAUUAUAGAGAAACAUUAUCACCUGGCACCUAAAGAUAUGUUAUGAAAGUGCCAGGUGAGCCUCCCUGGGGAGAGCACUCCACAGACAGGAAGCCACCACAGAAAAGGCCCAUUCUCAUGGAAGAGGCACACGAAGAAGGGCUUCAGAUGGUGAUCAGAUGAAGAUAUUAAAUAUAUUCCCAAGAAUCCUCUGAGCAAAGUAAAACGAGACAAGCCCUAGCCCAAUGUCCCCCAGCAUCUUUGGGGGCUGAGUGGAGUUUUAAACUUGGGUCUGUACUCUACCCACUAUGCCAUACUAGCUGUAGGUGGACAAGAAGUAAGAGAUUCUUGGCCCUGGGAUGGUAAACUGCACCAAAUGAAGACCCAAACAGUGACCAAGGAGAAGGGACCACUGGGUGGGUGAGUGGAAUACAAGGCUGGGUAUGGGAGAGGCAAAAUUCUGAUGUAUUCUGGUGACAUUACCCACAAAUACAGGUGAAUGAGAGGAUGUUAAACCGGCUGCAUCAGGUCCAGAGAAUAACACUGCGGCUUAAACAGGAGAGAAGGUAUGUCUGGUAGUAUGUCAUGGGAGUGUGAGGGGUGGGGAGAUUUAAAUACCUUUCCCUGAACAAGGAGGGUCUAUUAAAUUUUCAUGCUCAGCAGACAAAUUCUCCAUGAAUUCAUCAGAUCCCUCAUUUAGAGCCAUCCAAACUGACAGCUGUUACCACAUCUCAUAACAGUGAAUCAUCUACAUCAACAACACCUUGCAAAAGAACAGAGUUAUUAAAGAGGAUUAGUGGGGAUGUCUUGUCUGCAGAUUAUCUUUGUAAUAGACUCUUACUUCCCUUCAGGUUCCUCAUGAGGGUUCUUGAUUCUUAUGGUGAUGAUUACAGGCAAGGCCACCUUGAUAUUGUCCUGGAGGUAAGAAAUACACAGCUGGUCUAAGGAAAUAAGGACAUGUCCAUGUUACCUUCUUAUGGGUGGAAGGAAUGUUAGGAUGGAAGAGUUAUAGCUGAAUCAUUUUCUCUGACUAGGAUGAAGGUAGCCACAGCACUGAUGCUCCAGCUCCUGGCAACACAGAGAAUGAGCCCCCCGAGAAAGACACUCCCAGGUGUCUCUCGGGUCCUUUGCCUGCCCCAGAGGCUGAAAGCAUCUCACCUACUGAGGGCCCCACCAGUAAGAAGCGGCGGCGCCACAUGCGAGAGGAAAAGGAAGUGAGGUUACGCCGAGCAGCCCAAACGUUGCUUCCUAUGGAAGAGUUUCCUGUGCAGGUACGGGAGAACAUAAAGGCUUUCAACUUUGAGAAUAUAUAGAUGACCAUACAAACUUAACCUACACACUACCUUUGGGGGUUAGGCGGGAAAUGUGGCCAGGUAUAAUGGUAGACAGGCAUAUUACUGGGUUAUAUAUACUCCAGCCGUCGGCGACACAGAAUCUGCUACCGUAAUACAAAUUCAGGAUUUUGUCUUCUAUUUUUAAACAAGCUUCUAGUCCUGCUGGUUUAUCACACAUAACAGUUUGAAAGCAUCCCCUUUCUUCCCCCCUCAUGCAGAGCGCUUCUGUUUGGCUUGAAACUGUGUUUUGGUUUUUGUGGCUGCAGAUAAAGUCUGAAGAGGAUUUCCAAUGUGAGCAAGAGGAUGUCCUCACUCCUGCCUGGCAGCAGUCUAGUCCUCAGGAUAAGUUACUCCAUUAUUCAAAGUUCUCUAGCCCAGGGGCCUGUUCUGAUUUCGACUGAGGCUGGCCACUCACGAAGGAGACUCUAUAUGUAUAUCUGAACGUCAGUUGCCUCCCUCCUGGGUUAAAGAGGCCACUGCGCUGUCUGCUGAUCAGUCAUCUGGGGAUGAAUUUUGGACUGAAAGGAGCAUAAGCACAUUUUAAGAGCCAGCAAGAGACGGACUGUGGAACUCUCAUCCACUUGGAGUGCACUCGAUCUGAACUGACACUGUGUGGCUGAGGGGCAGGUGCUGGAAGACAAAAUGGACUGCACUAACUUAACAAAACUUGAAAGCCAGUGUAUUAAUAGUGUUCAAGUCCAUCUGCAUUAGGGAGAUGAAUAGAUUAUGCUACCAAUGUCCAAAAGCUUAAGCAUGGGGUGGGAAUGGGUAAGUAUGUAGAAUUGGUAUGUCUUACAUGUCUUGGGCUGCACAAUUUGUGAGUUCUGAAGGAGUUAAGUGAUCUCUGACUGAGGCCGCAUGGGCACCAUAUGUUUAUAAGCAUUUUUAUGCCACUUUGAACAGUCUUGGCUUCCCCCAGAGAAUCCUGGGGACUGUAGUUUGGUAAGGCUGUGGAGUGUUUUUGGGAGCUCUCUAUUCCCCUCCCAGAGCUACAAUUCCCAAAAUUCCCGGAGAAGAGGGAUUUCUAAACCACCCUGGGAAUAGUAGCUCUGUCAGGGGAAUUGGGGUCUUUGGAGGAACCCACAACUGCCCCCAAAAGUGGCAUAAUACUGCUUUAAAUGUACAAUGCAGAUUGAAAGUGGUGUGCAGGAGCUGGCUUCCAUGCACUGUUCAAGAAAGGAAACAGAAGCAGCUGCUGUUUUGUGUGACAAAUGUUCUCAGUGAAUGAGGAGUCUUCUUACAGCUGUGAGAGCACUUUGCUGCUUUGCUUUCCAAGCCCAAGAUUUUUAUGAGUAUCUUAACCAUGAGGCACAAUAUAUUAAAGCCAAUUCUGUACUAAAAACAGUAGACUCCUACAACAUGUGCAAAUUAUGCAAGAUUAGCAAAUUUGUCAAGUGUUUGCUUAUUUUCUCUGCCAGUCAGAAAGAGCAAGGCACUAAAUCCCCCUCCCCCAUUCUUUUCCGAAGCCAUAAAGAGUAGACACUUCUUCCAGAUCUCCUGCAGAACAGUUGUGCCUGGAUUAAAUUCUGCCCACCCG